AUGUCGACCUCCGUUAACCUGAGCUCUCGCAUCUUCAGCGUCACCGGCGGAGCCUCCGGCAUGGGCGCCGCCACCGUCCGUCUCCUCGCCCAGUACGGUGCGGGAGCCGUCUGGAUCGCAGACUGGAGAGAGGACAAUUUUCACAAGAUCAAGGAGGAAGUCGACCGCAUCAACCCCCUGACAAAAGUCUAUACGACUAAAGUCGACGUUUCGGACCCAAGGCAGGUGGAUGACUGGGUUGCGGCCAUCAUCGCAGAGUCGGGAGCUCUGCACGGCGCAGCCAACGUAGCUGGCUUGUCCCAGUCAGUUCUGUUGAAGACGCAACCGUCUAUUCUCGCAGAAUCCAACGAGGAGUGGGCUCGUAUCAUGGACGUCAACAUCAACGGCAUCAUGUACUGCACCCGGGCGCAGGUAGCUGCCAUGGUCAGGAUGCCCAGAGAGGAGCACCCCGCGGUUGUCAAUGUCUCGAGCAUGGCCUCCCUUCUUCGUGGACCGAGUGCUUUCGCGUAUGGAACAUCGAAGGCCGCGUGUGCACACUUCACGUCGUGUGUUGCAAAGGAUGUGUACUCCUUUGGCAUCCGUGCUAACACGGUUUCUCCGGGUAAUACGUACACGCCCAUGACAAAGGAGUUCUUUGGUGAGUUGUCGAAGGAGGAAACAGAGGAGAGGCUGCAUAAGUGGGGACUUGGUACGAAGAUGCUGGACCCUGAAGACGUUGCGAGGGUGAUUAUUUGGCUGCUAAGUGAUGCGUCUGUGGAUGUCAAUGGAGUGAACCUCCCUGUUGGCUACGGAGCUCCUUAG